AUGAUCACCCACGGCCUGGUGUCGUUGCUGAAGCAGGCAGAAGAACACCCAUUUUUCACACUGGUCGGGUUCACUCUCCUCGCGACAUUGGCUGUGUUUCCUGCCCGGAGAGUCGGGAUGGUCAAUCCGAAAUACUGGCACUCGACCAAAUCCCUGGUAUUGAAGACGAAAGACGGUCGAUCUACCUCCUUUGCCGAUCUGUGCAAAUCUCUCAUUCCACCAUGCCGACUCAAUCCGUUUCUCUUCAAUGGCCACCUUCAGACCAUCUGGACCGUCUUGACCCGACAGUCUGUGCCUAUCUACUACAAGCGAAGAAUCUUUGAAAAUGAAGACCCAGUCUUCACUGGUCAAUUUUCGGUGGAUUUCGUAACGGCUCCCAAUAACGACUCCGACCCGAAUCUACCGUCGCGCACCACAUACUUUACAGAACAGGAGUUCCGGAAUAUUGGCUCUCUGGACAGUCGCCCGAUGCUGGUGAUGCUCCAUGGAUUGAGCGGAGGCUCCCACGAGCUCUACCUUCGCCACGUCCUAGCGCCCUUGGUUGGAAAGGGAGGAUGGGAGGCUUGUGUCGUCAUUUCUAGAGGUUGUGCCAUGACCAAAAUCACCACCAGCGUGCUGUACAACGCGCGCGCAACCUGGGACAUAAAGCAGACGGUCAAAUGGCUGAGAAAGACUUUCCCCAAUCGUCCACUCUUUGGAAUGGGAUUCUCUCUGGGUGCCAACAUCAUCACGAAUUAUCUUGGUGAAGAGGGUAGUGAUUGCCCCUUCAAGGCAGCUAUUAUUCUGUCCAACCCAUGGGAUCUCGCUGCUGCAAAUCUAGCACUGCAGAGAACGUGGUUCCACCGAAACGCCUAUUCCGCCAGCAUGGGUCAGAGCAUGAAGAAGCUUUUCGAGACGCAUGUGGAUCAGAUCUCCCAGAAUCCCAGAAUUGACGUCGACCUCGUCCGAAAGGUCAAGUAUCUUCAUGAGUUCGAUCGAUACGUCCAAGGUCCCACAUGGGGUUAUCCCACCGAAGGGGCAUAUUACCGCGAUGCAUCUUCGGUUGAUUCUUUAUUGUCCAUCAGGAUUCCCUUCCUGGCAAUCCAUGCUGAAGAUGAUCCGGUGACCGCAAGUGAGGCGCUGCCGCGGGAAGAAGUACAACAAACCCCGUAUGGGGUGCUCUGUACCACUCCGGGCGGGGGCCAUUUGAGUUGGUUCGAGCUUGGUGGCAGGCGAUGGUUCGAACGAGUGACCACAGCAUUCUUCCAAAGCAUGGCCAACGAGAUCGACUUGGACACGAUUUCCAAGACAGAUGACAAUGGCGCUCAACUCGAGGGUCAAAUCUCUCGCGGCGAACGGCAGCCGCUACAACCCGUCUUCGAGCCGAUGCGGAGAAAGAUGCAUGUACCAGGAUUGUGA